AUGAGUGAAAUCCGGUCAGAUCCAGAAGCAAUGGCAAAGAAACCAUUGGAAAGGUUCAUGCCGGAAACUUUCUCCUCCUGGGACCAAACCGCUCUUAGCCUCCACGCAGUCAUCGGAGCGUUUGUUGGUGAUGUCUUCAGCUUCAUCCUGAAAGCUGUGCGUGUCGUCACAAAGCUCACACGCUUGUCGCGUGAGAAGGUUAGGCUUUUGAAAUUCCUUAGCGGCGCGAGAUUUGCUGAUACGCGACAACAUUACACACACCCAUUUUCUUCUGGUGUCACUGCCCUCUUCUCAUCGUUCAAUUUCGUCGUCACCAUCAGAGAUAUGGAGACCUUACUGGUGAAUUGCGUCGAGAAAAACCUUAGCCAAUUCAUGCUCACCAACGCCAUCUUCCUUUGCGAACGUCUUCUCGCCGAAUUCCCCUCUGAGGUGAACCUGCAAUUGUUAGCAAGGUGUUACUUGAGUAAUAGCCAAGCUUAUAGUGCAUAUUAUAUCCUCAAAGGUUCAAAAACGCCUCAGUCUCGGUAUCUGUUUGCAUUCUCAUGCUUCAAGUUGGAACUUCAUGGAGAAGCUGAAGCCUCUUUGUUGCCCAGUGAAGAAUAUGUUGAAGAAAUUCCUGGUGGUGCAGCCGGGCAUUAUCUUCUCGGUCUUAUAUAUAGAUACGCUGGGAGGAAGAACAGUUCAAUACAACAGUUUAGGAAGGCCUUGUCGUUUGAUCCAUUGUGCUGGGAAGCAUAUAGAGAACUUUGUAGUUUAGGUGCCGCUGAAGAAGCCUCUACGGUUUUCGGCAAUGUGGCUGCUCAGCGUCUUCAGAUGACUUGCGUCUCACAAAGAAUAAACUUCUCAGAAGGAGAAACCAAUACUAUAGACCAGCGUACAGAUUCUGAUAAGGCCUCAACAAAAGAUACAAGUUUAUGGCAACCAGAAGAUGUUCCAGAAGAGAACCAACAAAAUAUGGAAACUAAGCAGCUUGCAGUAGAUAUUCCUUCAGGUAUUGACAAGGCACAUAACAGUGCUUCUCACACGAAUGGAUGGGACUUGAACACGCCUUCUCCAGUGCUUUUACAGGCAUUGGAGGCUCCACCACCUAUGCUCUAUAAGAACUAG